AUGUCCGACUCAGACUGCUCCUCGGGCUCCAACUCCUGCACCUUCACCUGUCCCGCCGGCGGGACAUGGUACGUGUGCCCCAGCGCCCCCUACUUCGUCGGCUGCUGCUCGUCCGACCCAUGCAGCAACACCAACAGCAACAACACAUCCCCCUGCCCAGACGUAUACCCGGCGACAUUCGACACGGCCAUCUUCGACCGCUUCGUCCCCAACAACUGCAUCGACGUCUCGUCCGACAACUGGUUCACGUGUAACUUCACAGAUCCGCCGUUCGUGGGCUGCUGCGCUUCGAAUCCCUGCGCCACGACCGAUGGGUGUCCCAAGGAUGAUGUGCGCGCGGCGGCGUGGUCUUCGUCGAGGACGGACCAGUUUACCCUCUUCCAGGAUGUGGAUAGGGAUAGGAAGGAUGAGGAGGAUGGGGGGUUAGGUGGUGGUGCGAUAGCGGGGAUUGUGGUGGGUUGUGUGGCAGCGGUGGUUAUCGGGCUUGCGCUUAUUUGGUGGUUUCUGCGGAGGAAGAAGAAGAGUAAGAUUGAUUCUGCGCCUGGAGGACAUGGGCGGACGACGAGUGUGGUGGAGGGUGAAAGGCAGGCGAUGUAUAAUGGGGAGUAUACGGGGUACCAGCAUCCUCAGUCGCCGUAUCAAGGUAUGCACUCCAAUACCUGUACUAAUGGGCGUGUGCUUAUUGUGGAUGUAGACUCGCACUUUUCCAGUCCUGGAGGAACAACUAUUGGCCCAAAGUAUCUUUCUGGCUCGUCGACGGGGAUCAGCAGCUUGCCCUCGUCGCCGCCGAUGGCGUCUGAGUCUGGACAUGCGGUGUCGGAGAUUUACUCGAGUAAUGGCGAUGAACAGCCUCCGUAUAAUCGGGGGUCUGCGCAGUAUGGGCUGGGUGUGUUUGCGAAGCCACAGACGAUUCCGGAGCUGGACAGCACAAGUAGACCGCCAGAGGUCCACGAGUUGGAGGGGGGGAACCGGCAGUGA